GGGACGCAGCUGGCGCUGGCACCAUGAACCCGCUGUAACGCGCAGGCUGCGCGGCGCGGGGGGAGGGGGGAAGAGGAGGACGCGGCGGUGUAGUUCUUCGCCAUGAACCUGAGGGGCCUCUUCCAGGACUUCAACCCGAGUAAAUUCCUCAUCUAUGCCUGUCUACUGCUGUUCUCUGUGCUGCUGGCCCUUCGCCUGGAUGGCAUCAUUCAGUGGAGUUACUGGGCUGUCUUUGCACCAAUAUGGCUGUGGAAGUUGAUGGUAAUUGUUGGAGCCUCAGUUGGAACUGGAGUCUGGGCACGAAAUCCUCAGUAUCGAGCAGAAGGAGAAACUUGUGUGGAGUUUAAAGCCAUGUUGAUUGCCGUGGGCAUCCACUUGCUCCUAUUGAUGUUUGAAGUUCUGGUCUGUGACAGGAUCGAAAGAGGAAGCCAUUUCUGGCUUCUGGUCUUCAUGCCACUGUUCUUUGUUUCCCCAGUGUCUGUUGCAGCUUGUGUCUGGGGCUUUCGACAUGAUCGGUCACUAGAGUUAGAAAUCCUGUGUUCUGUCAACAUUCUCCAGUUUAUAUUCAUUGCCUUAAGACUGGACAAGAUCAUCCACUGGCCCUGGCUUGUGGUGUGUGUCCCCCUGUGGAUCCUCAUGUCCUUCCUGUGCCUGGUGGUCCUCUAUUACAUCGUGUGGUCUGUCUUGUUCCUGCGCUCCAUGGAUGUGAUUGCAGAACAGCGCAGGACGCACAUAACCAUGGCACUGAGCUGGAUGACCAUUGUCGUGCCUCUCCUUACUUUCGAGAUCCUGCUGGUUCAUAAACUGGACGGCCACAAUGCUUUCUCUUGCAUUCCAAUAUUUGUGCCCCUGUGGCUGUCAUUGAUCACACUGAUGGCAACUACAUUCGGACAGAAGGGCGGAAACCACUGGUGGUUCGGUAUCCGCAAAGAUUUCUGCCAGUUUCUGCUUGAAGUCUUCCCAUUUCUGAGAGAAUACGGAAACAUUUCAUACGAUCUCCACCAUGAAGACAACGAUGAAGCGGAGGAAACCCCAGCUCCAGAGCCUCCAAAAAUUGCCCCUAUGUUUCGCAAGAAGGCCAGGGUGGUUAUUACCCAGAGCCCUGGAAAAUACGUCCUCCCCCCUCCCAAGUUAAAUAUCGAAAUGCCAGACUAAAGGGCACUGGCAGGGCCAGAGCGUGAGUGGACUGGGAUGCACGCUCUCUCCCUCCCUCCGCCUCUCCUUCACCCUCCUUCCCCAAGACCCGGAGUGGAGCUGGGCCUCCAGGGACGUCCAUCUCAUGCCUAGUUUGCAUUCAGUGCCAAUCAGCCACUCACCACGACGGGAUUCAGAGGCGCAGGGGACUGGGGGUGUCCGUGGAUAUGAUGCCAAGGGUUGUGGGGGAGAGAGAAGGACCCAAUUCCUUGAGGGCAGGUGCCCAAGGCACCUGCUCAUCCCCACAGUACCACCUGGGAAUGGCGGCUCCAGAGACCCACGGGCAGCGGGGAGCAACUUUCCGCAGGGCAGUUUUUCAGAGUGCUGAAAUUCCCAUGGAAAGUGUUGUUGGGAGUGGUUUACGACAGGGUCUCCUCCCUGGACAGCUCUGAGCUGUCCUGCUGCAGGUAGCCAGUGGGGACUGUAACUGGGUCUGAGUGUACCUGGUGUUUCUACGCAGCCCAGCCAUGCUUAGCCCUGUCCCUGCUGUGGAGGGGUUUCCCUUUGGGCAUGCUGACAGCGGUUUCCAUGGCCUCCUCAGUGAGCCUUUCCCAAUGGAGUGACUCCAUGCCUGUAUAGUAUUUAUACGAAUAUUUUAGCAUUGUAAUAUACAGUGUCAAAUCCUAGUUCUGUACAGCAUACCCUGUUAAAGUAUUUUUUUACAAGCUUGUGCCCAAGACGGACGUGUUCUGCUGCAGAAGUAGAAGUCGGUGACAGUUCUCCCCACCCCGGAGGGGUGUCAGGCCUUCACGGGACAUCACCACUUACACCUGGAAUUCUGUCACGUGCAUAGUCCCGCUCCUGCCAGCACAGCGGUGGCAAGCAGGAAAUGGUCUGUGUGCUUCCUCACGUUGGGGAUAAAGGGCUGGAAGAACCUGGAAAGCACUGUUUGAGGCCAGGACACGAGGGAAGGUAGCUGAGAGCAGAGACACCACAGACGCCUGUGGGUGUUGGAGGGUGGAGCUUUCUGCGUGCUGCUGAGGAGAGCUCUAUGUAUACACCUGGCCAGAGCUGUCACUGUGAGCACAGUUUCUCCGUCUGCUGCUACGGCCUGGAACACAUCCGAUCCUGCCAGCGGAGGAACCUUCUGCCCAGAGUCAAGUAGGUCACUGAUGAAGGUGUGUGAAGGGGACUGUUGACGAGCCCACUCAGGAGGCCAGUGCUGGUCUUCACGUGGGCAACUGCUAAAUGACCUCAAGCAGGCCUAAUUGAAGUUCACCACGUCCCCAGCUCUGCCGCUGGCACUGGCCUGCAGACAGGCUGCUUUGUUUCAGGGGAAAGGAGGGUGGAAUGGUGUACCUUUCCUGCUCAGUGUGUAAAUAAAUGUAGCUACGUCCACUAUUUUUGCUCCCUGUAGUUGUUCAAUAAACCGGUUGGUUCCUCGUUUUA